AUGCCACAGUCCCUGGAGAAUGCAUCUGUCACUCAGACGCGCAAGCCACUCAUCGCAUCGUCCGCUGUCUCCACUCAGUCGCCUGAUGGUCGCGGAAAUGUGCCAAAUCCCGCCCAGCAGGCCACGCUGGUGGGCAGUCUUGAAACGAUCGUGAUCAACACUGGGCGAGUACCAGCGCGGCGACGUCGUCUGGUCUGGAUUCCUCAGCAUGACAGCUUGGCUGCUUUGCUCGGUCUCCGCCUCCCCCGCUGUGUGGGCCUUAGACAAUGA